AUGCAUCUAUACAACUUGACCAUUCAGCCGCCCACAGCGAUAACGCAAGCAAUUGUAGGCAAUUUCUCUGGUGUUCGCCAGCAGGAAAUCGUAGUAUCUCAUGGGACCCGUUUAGAACUCUUGCAAUCGAAUGCAGAGACAGGCAAACUCACCAUCGUGAAUGCAACGGACGCGUUUGGUUUCAUCCGUUCUCUCGCUGCAUUUCGUUUGACUGGAGGGACAAAGGAUUAUAUGAUAGUGGGAUCUGACUCCGGUCGCAUCGUCAUUCUGGAAUAUGACUUCAAAACAGGCAGCUUCGUGAAGGUGCACCAAGAGACGUACGGAAAAUCUGGUGUUCGUCGUGUCGUUCCUGGACAGUAUCUCGUCAUCGACCCGAAAGGACGCAGCGUCAUGAUUGCGGCGAUAGAGAAGUCGAAAUUGGUCUAUGUUCUCAAUCGUGACUCAGAGAUGAAAUUGACGAUAUCAUCGCCCCUGGAGGCACAUAAGAAUGCCGCAAUUGUUCACCAUGUCGUCAGCCUGGACGUUGGCUUCGAAAACCCGGUAUUUGCUGCCUUGGAGGUUGAUUAUUCGGAGGUGGACCAGGACAGCACGGGAGAGGCUUUUAAUAAUGCUACUAAAAUUUUGACUUACUACGAGCUCGACCUUGGCCUGAACCAUAUUGUCAGAAAGUGGAGUGAACCCACAGACUUUCGCGCCAAUUUACUCGUGCAAGUUCCUGGCUCUCUUUCCAUUUCUUCGAGCACCCUCGAUGGCCCGUCUGGCGUUCUUGUUUGUUGCGAGGAUCACAUUAUCUAUCGGCAUAUGAACGUGGCCUCACAUCGGGUUCCGAUCCCUCGUCGUCAGCACCCUUUGGAGGACACAACAAAUGGUUUGAUCAUGACAGCGGCUGUCAUGCACAAGAUGAAGCACUCUUUCUUUUUCCUUCUUCAGAGCGAGGUCGGUGAUCUGUAUAAAGUGACAAUCGAGCACGAGGAGCAAGAUGUCAAAUCAUUGACCAUCAAGUAUUUCGAUACCAUACCUGUCGCCUCGAGUUUGUGCAUUCUGAAGUCUGGUCAUCUAUUUGUCGCAAGCGAAUUCGGAAAUCAUGUUCUCUAUCAAUUCACGAACCUCGGAGAAGACGACGAGCCUGUGAUCACCUCCACCUCUUACCCGCAAUUCGGGAUGGCCGAUCCUACAUCAAAGUUACCCCAAGCUUUCUUCCGCCCUCGUCCUCUCUCGAACCUCAUCUCCGUGGAUCAGAUUCCAUCGCUUGACCCAAUCCUCGACGCAAAGGUCUUGAAGAUGAUUCCAAACUCAGAAUCACCUCAGAUCUUCGCUGCCUGCGGACGAGGGCCGCGAAGCACCUUUCGGACGCUUCAGCCCGGCCUUGAAGUCGAAGAGUCUGUCACGUAUGAUCUUGGAAGCCAACCAAAUGCGAUAUGGGCAAUCAAGUCUAAGGAAGAUGAUCCCUACGACUCCUACAUCAUUCUUUCAUUUCUGAGCCUUAACAAGACUCUCGUCCUUUCUGUCAAUGACGAUACGAUUGAACAAAUUCAGGACAUAGGGUUCCUGGACACUGUCCCUACUCUUGGCGUCCAGCAGCUCGGUGCAAGCUGUCUCCUUCAAGUCUAUCCAUUUGGUAUUCGCCAAAUCUCAGCGGAUAAAUGCAUCAGCGAAUGGAAAGCACCAGAAGGUAAUCCAAUCGUCGGUGCUGCGAUGAACAAACGUCAGGUGGUCCUGGCGCUGAGUUCUGCAGAGAUCGUAUACUUUGAGAUGGAUUUGGAUGGGCAGUUGAACGAGUAUCAGGAGAAGCAGGCUAUGGGAAGUCGUGUGUUGGCGUUAGGGAUAGGCGAAGUUCCACACGGUCGACAAAGGUCGCCUUAUCUUGCUGUCGGCUGUGAAGAUCAAACAGUACGAAUUAUCUCCCUAGAUCCAGAACACACUUUGGAGACCGUCAGCCUGCAAGCUUUGACGGCUCCGCCUUCUUCCAUUUGUAUCGUUGACAUGGUCAAUCCAAGCGCCGACAAUGCCUCUCUGACUACGUUCGUCAACAUCGGACUUCAGAAUGGCGUUCUUCUCCGAACCGUUUUGGAUCCUGUCAAUGGCCAAUUGGUCGAUACUCGUUCGAGGUUCUUAGGAACACGUCCGGUCAAACUUGUUCGAUUGCAGAUCAAUAGCAAGCCAGCGAUGCUCGCUUUAUCGUCGCGUUCGUGGCUCAGCUACACGUAUCAGAACGCCAGCCACUUCGCGCCUCUCAUUUACGAUGGCCUUGAUUGCGCGUCUGGAUUAUCGACUGCGAACGCCCUUCAAGGGCUCCUUGGAAUUUCUGGGAGCAAUAUUAGGAUUUUUCAAGUGACGAAGUUGGGCCAGAAGUUAAAGCAAGAGUCUAUCCAACUCUCAUACACACCACGCAAGUUCAUCAGCCACCCGAACAACCGCUAUUUCUACGUGAUCGAGAGCGACCAUAGAGUCAUGGGUGAUGAAGCUGCGAAGAAGAAAAUUGAAGAGCUCCACCAGAAUGACGAGGAAAUCGACCAAGCAGCCCUCCAGCUCCCAUCCGCUGUUUUCGGCCGUCCUCGGGCGCCAGCAGGCACCUGGGGCUCUUGUAUCCGGAUCAUCGACCCGCUCAAAUCGAAGACGGUUAAUGUCAUCAACCUCGAAGGCAACGAAGCCACCUUUUCACUUGCCCUUGUGCCCUUCUCUGCACAAGAUGGGAGGCUCCAUCUCAUCGUCGGGACAGCAGUCAACACGUUGGUCUCACCUCGCUCGUGCUCGACUGGCUAUUUGCGGACGUAUAUGCUUACGGACGAUGGCGCUGGGCUUGAGUUGGUACAUAAGACGGAAGUAGAUGACGUCCCUCUGGCCCUCGUCGCUUUUCAGGGACGGCUCCUUGCUGGUGUUGGGAAGGCUCUGAGGAUCUACGACAUCGGGCAGAAGAAGUUAUUGCGAAAGGCGGAAAACAAAGCUUCUCCAACUACCAUCGUCUCACUUGCUACUCAAGGUUCGCGGAUUGUUGUCGGAGACAUGCAGGAGUCGAUCCUGUUCACGACCUACAAGGAACCAGAAAACAGACUACUUAUCUUCGCGGAUGAUUCGCAACCACGCUGGAUCACCGGCAUGACCAUGGUCGAUUACAACACGGUUUUCGCCAGCGAUCGCUUCGGCAACAUCUUUGUAAAUCGACUCGACUCCAAUAUCUCAGACCUAAUCGACACUGAUCCUGCCGGUGCAGGUAUUCUGCAUGAGAAGUCCACGCUCAACGGAGCACCGUAUAAAACCAAGAUGCUCGCACACUUCCAUGUCGGUGACCUUAUAACCUCUAUCCACAAAACCUCGCUCGUCGCAGGAGGACGCGAAGUCCUGGUGUACACUGGUCUGCAUGGAACAAUCGGCAUCCUCGUACCGUUCGUCUCUAAGGACGACAUCGAACUCUUGUCGUCCCUCGAGCAGUAUAUGCGGACGCAGCAAAAUUGGCUGAGUCUCAUUGGAAGGGACCAAAUGAGCUGGAGAGGAUAUUAUGUCCCAGUCAAGGGUGUUAUUGACGGAGACUUGUGCGAGAUGUUCAAGAAGCUGCCUGGGUUAAAGCAGCAGGGAAUUGCGGGGGGGUUGGAUCGUACGGUUGGCGAGGUGGUGAAGAAGUUGGAGCAGUUGAGGCUCAUGGCAAGUGAUAUAUAG